AUGGUUGCCAUUAACAGAAUCGUGUGUGCUUCUUUGCUCGUUGUCGCUCCUGCUCUUGCCGUUGCAUUACCUGACGCCCAGGCCGAGGCUGACCUUGCCAAGUACAAGGAGAAGCUCGAGAAGCUGAAGGAAAAGUUGUUCGGUGGUAAGGAUGAGGAGGACUGCGACUCCGCUACAAAGACCACCUUGGAGACCUCCACCACCUCUGACUGCGACCCUGCUACCAAGACCACUGAGGUCACAAUCACUACCGACUCCGACUGCGACCCUGCUACCAAGACUACUUCUGUCACCAUCACCAGCACGAGCUCCGUUGUCACCUCGUCUGUCGACUCCGACUGCGACACAGCAACCAAGACUCUCAUCUAA